UCUGUCUUUAUUGUUAUCUGAGAGAGAGAAAAAAGAGGAGAGAAUGGCAGAGAGUGCAGUAAGCUUUCUGAUCAACCAGCUGACACCGCUCCUUCUAGAAGAGGCCAAACUUCUGGGAGGAAUUAAGGAAGAUGUCGAGUGCAUCAGAAAUGAAUUGGAGGAGAUGAGAGCUUUCCUGAGGGUUGCUGAUGCAAAGGAAGAGCUUGACCCACAACUUCAAGUAUGGGUUAAGCAAGUGAGGGAAGUUGCUUAUGACACCGAAGAUGUCCUUGAUGAAUUCAUCCUUCGCCUUGCUCAUCAUCACGGGGAUGGUUUCUAUGGUUUUCUUCGUAAGAUUUGUUGUUCUAUCAAGAACUUGAAAGCUCGCCAUCGAAUUGCUUCUGAGAUACAUAAAAUAAAGUCCAGAGUCGAAAAUAUACAUCAAAGAUACCGUGAUAGAUUUAGUAUCUCAGAGCAUGGAUCAAGCUCCACCACUGUCAACAACAACGCAUGGUAUGAUCGUCGAGGUGAUGCACUUCUACUGGAAGAGGCUGAGCUUGUUGGCAUGGAUGGGCCCAAGAAACAGCUGAUUGGGUGGCUUCUGGAGGACAGUCCAAGACUCAAAGUCGUUUCGGUGGUGGGGAUGGGGGGUAUGGGAAAAACCACCCUAGUAAAGAAAGUCUAUGAUGAUAUGGAGGCGAAGAAUCGUUUCCAAUGUCAUGCUUGGAUCACUGUUUCUCAAUCAUUUAAUCUCAGAGAGCUUCUCAAAUACGUAAUUCGAAGACUCUUCGAUGAAGCCAAGCAAACGGCCCCUCAAAGUUUGGAAACCAUGGACAGCAAUGACUUGAAAGCACAAAUCAAAUAUUUCCUCCAACAGAGAAGGUACGUGCUUGUUUUAGAUGAUGUCUGGCAAAUAGAUGCAUGGAAUGCUUUUAAAUAUGCAUUGCCUGACAACAAUAAUGGCAGCCGAAUACUGCUCACGACCCGCAUUGUUGAUGUAGCUUCUACAUCUUGUGUAGAAUCUCCUGAUCAUGUCUAUACUAUGAAACCAUUGUCCCCACGAGAGUCUUGCACUCUGUUUCGUAGGAAGACAUUCCAAGGCAACCACUGCCCUCAACAUUUAGAGAAAAUCUCACAAAGUAUCUUAGAAAAGUGUGAGGGCUUGCCACUUGCAAUUGUGGCAAUUAGUGGUGUUUUGGCUACAAAAGACAAAAGUACAACCCAUGAAUGGGAAUUGUUUCACCUUAGCCUUGGCGCUCAGUUAGAAGGCCACGGCAAACUUGAGAGUGUGAAAAAGAUACUCUCUCUGAGUUACUAUGAUUUGCCUUACUAUCUAAAAAUAUGUUUUUUGUACUUGGGCUUAUUCCCUGAGGAUUACGAGAUUGAGCGCAUGAGAUUGAUUCGACUGUGGAUCGCAGAAGGAUUUGUGGAAGUGAUAGGGCGACUGACAAUGGAAGAAGUUGCUGAAGACUAUCUCAACGAGCUUAUUAAUAGAAGCUUGGUCCAAGUGGCAAAGAUAGAUGAUACUGGAAGGCUCAAAGAGUGUCGCAUCCAUGACCUUUUCCGUGAAGUAAUUACUUCAAAGUCAAGCGAACAAAACAUUGCAGCCAUGGUAAGCAAAGAAAGCACAACGUGGCCGGAAAAAGUUCGGCGCCUGUCAAUUCAGUACACCUUGGGGAACUUGCAGCAGACAAAUCGUUUUCCUCAACUCCGUUCCUUGCUCAUGUUCUCGGUGGAAGAACCUAUAUCCAAGUCGUUGAAUCCUAUAUUAUUCAAUGGGGGGGUUAGGUUGUUAAGGGUUUUGGACCUGAGGGGUGCUUCUUUGAAGAUACUUCCAAAUGAAGUUGGCAAACUAUUUCAUCUCAGGUAUUUAGGCUUGAGGAGAACAGAGGUUAAGACGUUUCCGAAAUCCAUAGGUAAGCUUGAAAACCUUGAAACUUUGGAUCUCAAAUACAGCAAUGUAACUGAGUUGCCUGUUCAGAUUCUAAAGCUCCAGCGUCUUCGUCAUCUCUUGGUGUACUGCUACGGUUUGAUGAAAAUAUAUGGCUUUAAAGCAAUAGUGGGAAUAGAAGGUUUGUCUUCCUUACAACAACUCUAUUUAAUUGAAGCGAGCAAUGAGAAUGGUAGAAUUGUAAUGGGAGAGCUUGGGAGACUGACCCAGUUGAGGAGAUUGGGGAUUACGGAGUUGAGAAGGGAGGAUGGGAAGGCUUUGUGCUCCUCUCUUGAAAAGCUGAGUAACCUUCAAUCAUUGGACAUAAGUUCUGUAGAACGGAUGGAGGGGAUUGUUGAUAUUCAACAAUUGUCUUCUCCUCCUGGGUCUCUUCAACGGCUCUAUUUGAGGGGACGUUUAGAAAAUUUGCCGCAUUGGAUAACUUCUCUUCAUAACCUGGUGAGACUGCAGCUUCGGUUUAGCAAGUUAAGGGAUGAUCCAUAGCAAUCCCUUCAAGAUUUGCCCAAUCUGAUAGAUAUUGGACUUGUUGAAGCUUACCAAGGGGAGGAACUGUGUAUCAAAGCGACAGGGUUUCAGAAGCUUAAGAGAUUACAGGUUUGGGGUUUAGAAGGAUUGAGGUGGGUGAGAAUGGAGAAGGGAUCAUUGCCUCAUCUUGAAAAGCUGAUUAUUUGGAACUGUAGCUUGGUGGAAGAGGUACCCACUGGCAUUCAACAUCUAACCAACCUUAAAUCCCUUGAUCUGUCAGAUAAAUUGAAAAUGACACUGGAUCCACACAAACAGGGUGGGGAUUAUUGGAAAAUAGCACACAUCCCCAAUAUUCACAUUUCUUGAACUUUCCUGGAUAGUCGUUGGGAAGGAGAUUAUGGAGAGGGAGAGAGAGAUGAAGAAGAGUCCUUACAAAGUUGAGAUGAUUAGUACUGAUCAGGAUAACUGAUUCGGGGUAUUCCUGGAAGGUAGUUGGGAAGGAAAUUAUAUAGAGAGAGAAAUGGAGAUGAGUCCUUGCAAAGUUGUUGUUAAGAUCAUCACUAUCUAAUGUUUUGUUUUUAUUUUAUUUUUAUGGAUAACUGAUGUUGUUCUUCUUUUCCCCUUUUAAGUGAUUUAAGUUGUUGUAUAUUGUGUUACAUUAUACAAUUUAUUGUGUUUGGAGGAGCCCUUCAAGGAGUAGUACAAGCAACAGCAUUUCAUUUAUUGUGUUUUUGGAAAAUGCAAAGUUGUUGUUGAGAUCA